GCCAAGUUCGCGUCCAAGCACGAGCUCGUAUACCUUCUGGAGCGGCACAGGUAUAGCGAGAUCGAGCUCGCAGUGGACGACGUCGUGGACAUGAUUUCGGAGAUCAGGGGCGUGGACCGCCCCGCCGUGCUGCAGCUGGCCGUGACCGCGUGGUUCUACCACGCGCUCGGCUUCGGCGUCCUGGAGGUCGAAUGCCACGAGCAGACAAG